CAGAAUAGAUCCUCGAAGAAAGGACAACCCGCAAGUCGCAUAUGGGAGUAGUAGCUGGUGAAUUCUCGUCCUCAAGCUCCCCACGCCUUUAUAAACCCGCAUUUGCUCCGUCCUUCAAAGACCCAUCUCCAUUUUUCCCGGUUCUCAAUACCCAUUUCGAAGAAACACACAAAUUCCCACACAGGAAACAAGCUUUCGUAUCUCUCAAUCGAUCUCUGCCGACGAUGACGGCUUCAAAAGAUGAGAAUUCAGUCGACAGCAAAAACCCUCUUGCCACGCUUGCUCCUGUGGAAGCAGUUCUAUUCGAUGUAGAUGGAACUUUGUGUGAUUCAGAUCCGCUCCAUUACUAUGCCUUCCGCGAAAUGCUUCAAGAGAUUGGUUUCAAUGGUGGGGUUCCAAUUGAUGAGGAGUUUUUCAUUAAAAAUAUUGCCGGCAAGCAUAACGAUGAUAUUGCCCGAGCGUUAUUCCCUGAUGAACCUGAACGAGGUUUGAAAUUUUGCGAUGAGAAGGAGGCUAUGUUUAGGAGAUUGGUUACGGAACAAUUAAAGCCUGUGAAUGGCUUGUAUAAAGUGAAGAAAUGGAUAGAAGAUCGCGGAUUGAAACGUGCUGCAGUUACAAAUGCCCCUCGGCCGAAUGCCGAGCUCAUGAUCUCCAUGCUUGGUCUUACGGAUUUUUUUGAAGCUAUUAUUAUAGGCGGUGAAUGUGAACAUGCCAAACCACAUCCAGAACCAUAUUUAAAGGCUCUGGAAGUACUCAAAGUGUCAAAGGAUCACACUUUCAUUUUUGAGGAUUCUGUAUCAGGGAUCAAAGCUGGAGUGGCAGCCGGGAUGCCUGUCGUCGGUAUAACAACGAGAAAUCCCGAGCACUUGUUGAUGCAAGCAAAGCCUGCCCUCCUCGUAAAGGACUAUGCCGAUCCGAAAUUGUGGGCAGCUUUGGACGAACUCGAUAAGAGAGGAGGUACCAUUAAGAAUGCAUGAUCAUCAACGUAUCGUGUUGGUGAAAUGGCUAUCAAUUCAUUGUUACUCUCUAUAUAAUACUUUGAAUAACUUAGCUGUAGAAAUAAACUUGUUAUUCUUCAGCUUUGGGUCUUAAUACCAAUCCUCCUAUUACAGUCAAAAUAGGAUGGUUAAAUAGGUUAGGAAAGAUCAUUGGAAGGCCUGUCAUAUAUACAAGAUUUACCAAUUUCAGUUUUAUUUUCUUUCAAUGAUAUACUACACGUUGCUUUC